UGUUACUAUGCGCUUGCAAAAUCUGUCACAGCUCUACUUCAGUACCUUGCCAACAGGAGCAACACAAACGCGCGCCCUGUUUGUCGAUAAUUUGUCGCAUUGGAUUGGUUAGACGGCGGGAAUUGAGAGCUCCAGGCAGCUACCCACUGCUCAGCUUUAUGUAAUACAAAGAGAGGAUACAUUUGUUCGCUGUUUGAGUCCAUUUUUGUAAAGUUAUUUACUUCGACUUUAUUCCAGCCUGGUUUUGCAGCGCGGUUUGAAGUUUCUGUCAACUCCAGCUGAUUUAAGAGAUACAUCAAACAACAGGAUGUUACUUAACGAUAGAUGGGCAAAUGGAGCCAUUGGCAGAGCUCGUGCCAACCUCCUUUUACGCGGGCACCGCGAUGAGAGUCAGUUUCACUUUCAGGAUGGGAAUACUCCAAAAACAGCUGGAACAUGACUACAGAAUCUGUAUCCUUUGCGAUGCUACAUCAUUUUCGUGUUUAAUUUAUUGCCUGUGCUGCCUCAUGGGUCAGCAUCCCCAUGAGUGGGUGCGUAUUAUGAUACCAUGGAGCAGCUUGAAGAGGAACUUACGUGUCCGAUCUGCUGCGGUCUCUUCGAGGACCCACGGGUGCUGCUGUGCUCACACAGCUUCUGCAAGAAAUGCUUGGAGGGACUCCUGGAGGGAAACAGAGGUCCAGCUUUCAGAACACCUUUAAAAUGUCCCACAUGCCGCAAAGAGACCCCUCACAAUGGCGCAAACAGCCUGCAGAUCAACUACUCUUUGCGGGGAAUAGUGGAGAAAUACAGCAGAAUCAGGUUCACGCCGAAGAUGUCUGUUUGUAAACAACACUGUGGACAGCCUCUCAAUAUAUUUUGCUCCACGGACUUGAAACUCAUUUGUGGGUUUUGCGCUACGACAGACGAUCACAAAGGGCAUAAAUUCAGCUCCUUGGAGGAAGCAUAUGAGCGGGAGAAGGAGGCGUUUGAAGAGCUGCUUCACGGGGUGGAGAGCUGGCAGAGCGCAGACAUCCUGUCCUGCCUGGAAACACUACAAGCCAGUAAGAAAAGAGCGCUUCAGUCGGUGACCAAGGACGCAGAGAAGGUAACAGACUACUUCGACAAACUCAUCAGCUCCCUUGAAUGUAAAAAGAAUGAGAUCCUGUCCGAUUUCGAAACACUAAAGCUGGUGGUGUUGCAGUCAUACGACCCGGAGAUCACCAAGCUGAGCGCAGCGAUGGAGGAGCACGGACGGGCGCUCAGCAUCGCAGAGUCGUUCAGGAGCGUCUCUGACCCCCAGUGCUUUCUGCAGCAGAUGCAGGAGUUUCGGGAGAAGUUGCAGAUCCUUAAGGAGACUCCUCUCCCCUCUCGCAAAGACACAGACGUCGGUCCCCUCGUGCGUAAUUUCGAUGUUAAAAAGUGGGACUCGCUGAGGCUCAGAGAAGUGGACAAGAUCUCAGUCCCCCACGAGAGUGGCUCCUACAGAGUGGGGGGCUCACGGAUGACAGUAACCAGAUGGAUCAUCGUAGUUCUGAGUGUGUUACUGCCAACACUGCUGCUGCUGCAGCCGCACAUCCCUGCACCCUCUGUGUCUUUGCACAUUGAACCACUUCUCUCUGCAGCCUCCUCGCACGUUGCUCACACCGCUGUGUACCUGCGGGAAAUGACUGACAUGUACGCACGAUUAAUGGGUGCAGGUCAGGAAUGUAUCGUGAACUUUAUUGACUACACUGUCAAUUUUAUUGGCAGCUGUAAGUUGUAUUAAUGACAGGCCUGUGGCAUCUCUGCUCUGCACUCACAACUACAGAUUGUUACAUAAGUGAUCCGUGUGGUGCAUUUAACAAGCGACAGAUUGUCAAUCGAGUUUAUGGAGAACCUUUUUUACCUCUUUACUGUCUUUUAUUUUCUAUUUUUUCCACACAAGCUUCAACUUUAUAGACAUAGAAUCACUAAUUAUUCCAAUGAGGCAUUAACACUUUUUUUUUUUUUUACAUCAGAUAGAUGACUUUCCGUUUUUCUUCCAAUGAAUGUGCUCUCUCUAAAAUAACGCUGACAUCUUUAUACCUGUCCACAUGAUCUUGACAAAUAAAACAGAAAAUCAAGUCACAUCCAUGUUUGUUAUUUUUUAUCACUAUGAUUCAUUGCUGCAGGCCAAAUCAUUCAGGCAUUUAGGGAGACAAAUGAGUGUAUGGACUGAGCAUGUAAGUGAGAAAAGAAACAGAGUGUGUAAUCCUGGGCCUGCUCCCCAUAGAGCGCAUCCGCACCACAGUGAUGCUGCAACCUCUUCAAGGUUACACACGUUGCAUAACAGGGCCCGUGUGAAAUAUUCACCAGGCUGCAGACACGGUGCAGGAAAAGCUCCUCUGUGAUUCUUAUUUCCAUAACACCUUUAAAGGUGAUGCUUACAUUUUCACGAUGAUAAAACGAGGGUACUUGGUCGUCACGCGUGGUGGGCACUCACUUUAUUUCUACUCCAGAUUUAUUUAUGGAUGUGACUCAUUCGUUGCAUGACUCGU